AUGGCAUCCCAAAACUUCCUAGGAGCCUCCAUCACGGGCGGCACCCGAGAAAAAACGUACUUUGAGCAGCAGCGCGAAGCACUGAUUGGGGAAAUCGCAAACAGCUUUGAGCACGUGUUGGCGAACAUCAACAAGCUGAACCGCUCGUUGGAGGCUGUUAUUACUGUUGGCAACGAAUUCUCCUCUGUCGAAGCCCUCUGGUCGCAGUUUGAGAAUGUCAUGGCGAAAGAUCCCUCCGAGGCACAGGGACAGCAACAGCAGCAGCAGCAACAAGGACAACAACAACAAGCCGAGCAAGGAACAACAACAGCACGACAAGAACACGGACAGACACGGGGCGAAGAGGGACGACAAGAAGAGGAUGAUACCAAGAUGGAGGUGGAUGAGGAGGAUAGCAAGAUUAAGAUGGAGAGGUAAAUCGGGCACACGGAAGGAGAUCCAAGGACAACAUGUCACGUCCGAAGAAUGGACGCCGUAGAACAGAAGCGCGGGCAACGGACAACUGCACAUGGGGAUUGUACGAUUAAAUCACACGGAAGGAUGGAUAAGAUACCCAGGCAAUUAGGACAAUGCGAAAGCAUUCAAA